AUGGCACCCAAGCGUACCGCCUCCUCCCAAAAAGCAGCAGCUGCUGCCGCCGCCGCCUCUGAGCCCGCCGCUCAUCCCCCCUCCUCACCCGCAGGACCGACCGCCGCCGCCGCGAUCCCGGGCACCAUGACCUCGCAGCCCAAGGCCGUACCCAUCACCAAGAGCACCAGCAGCAGCGCCCAGAACUGGGACCAGGUCCUCGCCAACAUCUACAACCACUACAUCAAGAACACGCCGCAGCGCACCAAGCUGAUUGACGUCUUCAUGGCCUUCCUGGUCGUCGUCGGCGCGCUGCAGUUUCUGUACUGCGUUCUUGCUGGAAACUAUCCCUUCAACGCCUUCCUCUCUGGUUUCUCUGCGACUGUCGGCCAAUUCGUUCUCACUGCAUCCUUGCGCAUCCAGACCACCGAGGCCAAUAAGUCCGAUUUCCCCUCUGUAUCACCCGAGAGAGCGUUUGCCGACUACGUCGCAUGCAGUUUGAUCCUGCACUUCUUCUGUGUCAACUUCAUAAACUAA